AUGGACCACGUUGAUGCUCACGAAUAUGCCUCUCGUCUGCUCUCCGUCAUUCAUGGGAGGCGCCCGGCCGAGCCGAGCAGCGAGGCGGAAUCUAUACUGCUUGCCGAGCUCACACAACCCGAUCAGGUGGCCUGUGCCCAUGCCGCCCGGACGUUUGACCGAUUGUGGACGCUCACAAGGGGUACCGAUGAAUUGUUGCCUGGAUUGCCGCAAAAGCUCUUUUCUAGGGUUGUCAUGCUUCUCCUCGGAGUGCUUUCCGAUGAAUCUGUCGGCAGUGAGAAGACCGAGUUGAAAGCCACCGCGAUUCACUGGUUCGUCAAUUGUGCCAAACACAACGAUCUCCCCCGGAUUGUGCAGAUGCUUUCCACAAUGCUAAUGAAUCCCGUUACGGCUCGCGUUUCCAUCCAAUACGUCUCCGUCCAGGAACGUGUAACGCAAAGUGAAGCCAUUUCGUUAUUCACCGCCGACGAGCGUCACAAGAUGCACCACGUCGUCUUUGACGCUGAAAAAAGGGCUGCCGGAACAUCAACUGUUUGGCUACCAGAGCUUCGGGCUCGACUCCUUGCUUCUACGCAAGAAUGUGACACGUCGCUUGACCGCUCAGCCGAUAUCCUCAAUAGGACACGCAGACCCACCCAGGACCCAGAUAUCCCGAAUUUUGAUGAUGAUACUGAUUCGAUCUCGAUGGAUACAUUGUCUCUAAACAUUGCCCACCCUGGUGAGGGUGUCGAUCCAGAUGUCGUCGAUUGUGUCCAAUAUCUAAUGGAUUGUGUUGUGGACAUCGAGGAGAGCGAGCUGGAAAUUGUGAAACGAUUCCAAGAAGCCCAGGAAAGCGAAAGAAACGAGGCUGUGAUUUUCCGAGCUGGCCUUGACGUCAGUCUGGAUUCUCAAUCGACAUCUCUUGAUGAAAAAUUGCCAAACGGCAGAAAUAUGUCGAGGCUGAAGAGAGGUCACCGUCGUACCGACAGUCUUCAGGAGAGCAUCUUUAGUUGUGGACCGGAAUUGAAAUUACUGGAGCAAUGCGAGAUCGUGAGGCCCGCACAAAAGCAGCUGUCGACGGAAGAUGGGUUCGAGACCGAUCUUUCCCUUUUUGACGAGCUACACACACAUAUGCUACUUUAUGGUGAAUCCGGGAGGUUGGUCGACCUCUCACGCUGUGAAUCGGCCUUCCGUAUCCUGACGGCGUUACUGCAUCCUCGUGGCGGGCCGGUUCUGCCUCCGAGAAUGCUGCUGAACUGUCUCGUCUCUUCUGGCACCUCCACCCUCGAUAACACUAGCCCAACCGCCGGAUCACUGGUCGAGUUGAUGAGUCGCCACGUCAAGGCGAUUCUUGGUCAACAAUUCUGGGGAACCGGCACGGAUGAGGAUGGAAAAUCAUCGAGCCGGCAUUUCACCCUGCUGGAGCUGUUGCUCACCAUCACGCUCCAUUUCCUCCGCUCCUAUUUCCUGAAUUCGCCCAUUGCCCCGGUCAGCGACGACGAUCUGAUCCGAUCUUGGAAGUGCAAGAUGGCCGCUCUCGAUUUCCUGACCCAGCUGUUGAGCGAAUUGGGAGAGAUGCUGAGGGCCCAACAAAAUCAGGGGCUCGUUACGUUCGUCCAGUCGAUCAUCCAGCGCAGCAAGCUCCAGAAAUGUCUUUUGCAUCUUCUCCUCACGGCCGUCCAUGAUCCUCGCUCAUCAGAUUCCGGAAGCGUACCAAUCUCCGUCACCAUUGCCGAAUUCAACGAGGGACGAUGGGCAGCUGAAGGGAAAAGGCAACGAAUUGCAGGACUGCUUUCUUCAUACAAUUCAUCAUUGUUGGCCCUCACCGCAGCCACCAUCCGACUGGAGCACGACAUAAAAAUCGGUUAUCGAGAAUUCACGGAUGAGAGCGCUGGGUUGGUGGUGAAUCGGCUGCCGUUCACUCAUUCCUUCUCGGUGUCUGCACACAAUCGAGGAACGAUGCGUGACAGCCAGGCCCCAUUGGUGGAGCUGAAGAUGUUCUUGAUUACCGUCCUGAGUGCUAUCAAACAUAAACCUGAAAGACACGAGGCGUGGCUCCAAUUCGUCGUUCACAUUCUUCCCUGGAUCGACCGAUCUCUCUCGACGUUCUGUACCCAUGUCACCGAGCAGCUGUGCAAAAAUAUUGAAGUGGCCGCUGUUGCAGCUUUUCCGGAUAUGGAGAAAACGGUUUCCGAGCGAUCCCCAAGUGAAGCCAUCGGACAAUCAAAAUCUCGUUAUCCGGCUAACUACUUGAUUACGUGCUUCGAAACUCUCACCACGGUCAUUCAUUUUUGCGUGGUCGGCGGGAGCGGAAGUUGCACAUCGUCAACGCUUCAAGAUGAAAGCAAAGUCAACCGAACCUCGACGGGCAGUGGCCACUCUGCCACUACUGGGAUGGUUGGCCAGGCGAUGAAUGCCAUUCCUGGCAUCCAGCAGAUAACAUCCAUCUUCAAGACCAUCACGUUCAGCGACACAUCUACGACCACCGGCGUGCCGAUGGCCAAAGCUGACCCGAGAAGCGUAUCCUGGCAAGAAGCUCGAAAACAAGUGCUCGGUGGAUUGCCACACUCCCUGGCUACACUGUGCGAUAUAUGGGGAGUGGUCAGGCGAGGGAAGACACCUAUUCUACCUAUUGGAUCCACAGCGCGCCUUCGCCGUUUGAUCAUCGAAUUGUUGAAUCCUAUCGCGCAGCAUCAUCAGAAUCAAUAUUUGCAGGCGAUGUCGCUGGUCUGGCUGACCCGAUCGAGCAUUGGUGCUCAGCGCAAAACUGAACCAGACGUGGCUUCAUUCUUCUAUUCGCCAGCACAGCUCGACGUUGCUGAUUUGCUGUUGGAAGUGCGCACGCUGCCUUUCGAGACUGUUCUGACUGUCGUGGCGGAUUCACUGAAAGACCCAAGCGGGAAGGCUGGCAAACCGUCGACGGCCACUCCGGAUAAGAGUUCGUUCCCCACCGAAGCCCCACUGCUUGAACUGAUCCAUGGCUGCCUUCGUGGCCUCAACGGGGAACAAACCCUCUCCUGCUGGCCGCCACUGAACGCGCUGUUCAAUGAGUCGUCCCUCACAACAUUGCCACCGCGCGCCAUCUUCCUCCAAUUCAUAAUGUUGUGCGAUUUCGUGCGAAUUGCUGGGUCUUUGUGCAUCGUGGAGGAUCGUGCGGUGGGCCGAGCUGUCCAUGACUCGUGCCAGAGGUUGACGGAAGCCAUUAAUGGAAUUGUCGGCUGGCAGCUUGAGACCACGACGUGGCUGAAGAGGACGCUGGUCGUCAAGUCCGAGCCCACGCCAAUCGGUAAAAUCUCGCAGUCAGUCGAUGCUUCACCAAUGACUGAGACGGUGAGCAGCGGGCCGAUCUUGGAGCUGGGAAGUUCGCGAGGAAGUACAAUGAGUUUGAUGCAAAAUAGACCGGCAUCCCUUGAUGCUACGACAAACAUGUCUGGCACAACCUCCUCCUACGCGUCGGCUCUCACCUUACAGGACAGCAAGAAAAGCAACAGCUCGUUGAGGAAUUCGUUGAAGAUUCAAGACACCAACAACAACAAGAGAGACCCGGCCCACUCGACUCAAGCCCUUUUCUUACUUGCCGAGAAUCUUCCUGAACUGAUCGACUCGAUCUGUAAAAGUGACGAUAAAGAGCGGCUUCUUCCCACCUUGCAUUCGGUCUGGGCGAAUGUGGUUCCAUAUCUGAAAUCUAAAAAUGCUCGGUAUGCCCGGUUUUUCCUGGCCUCAUCGCAGUUGCUUGCCAACAUGUCAUCAUACAACUACAUGCGCCCGGUCUGGAAGAAGGUCACCCUGGAAUUGUUGCUGGAUUCUUCUUUCUUCCGCAUGGACGUGCAUUCAAUCAAGCAAUGGCUAAUCGUCACCGACCAUCUGAUGACGCACGACAAGACUUCUUUUAAGGAAUUGCUAAAAUCAAUCUCGUACACGCCAUCUUCGCUGAGCUUGAUGCAAUCCCGUGAGCAAGAGUACGAAUCGCGCAGUCAGGCCCUGAAGCGGUUGGCAUUCAUCGUCUUUGGCUCGGAAGUUGAUCAGUACCACUCGCAACUCCCCGAUAUCCAAGAGCGCCUUGCCGAAAAUCUUCGCGUUUGCCCCCAUCCUCCAAUCCGUGCUUCGGUGUUGCUCUGCUAUCGUGUCCUACUGAUCCGUCUCCGACCACACUCAUUGGUUAGCAUGUGGCCAGCAAUGGUCACAGAACUGAUCCAUGUCUUGCUACAAGUCGAGCAGCAACUCUCCGAUGACCCGGCAGAUGGCUUCAAAGAUGAGGUUAGCGCCCGAGACGACCAAUGGAUGCAGUUGUUCCUUGCUGCCGCCAAACUGCUCGAGGCUCUCUGCACCUUGCCUGCCGGCUACAUUGCGCAAUUCCAAAUGUGCAAUUGGGCUUUCGUUUCGUCUAUUGCGAGUUGUGGUAGCUCUUCCGUCUUUAUGCCGUUUGCAGAUCGAAUCAGCCGGCGGCUCCAGCAUAAGUACGGCGCGCUGUCGGAACAAGAUCUGGGCGCGAUCCCGGCCACGUUGUCUGGGAUGAAGUUGCUGACCUCUUUUGAAGAGUUGCGGCCUUUCUUCUACGCUCUAACGAUGCAUGGGAAGACGAUCGGGCAGUCAAACCAGGAGAAGUCAGUGUUCUGGCGAGACACCGAGGCUCUUUCCGGACGACUUGGCCACUCGGCCUCCAUCGCCCGCCUCGAACAAGCCCUUUAUGUCGAUUUUGCCGAGCAUUGGCAACUA